UUUUCUCAAUGCUGUGGUUUGCAUUUAGUCGCUUUUCGCUAAGUCGAUCACAACUCCAAAUGCUGCGAGAUUUCUAUGGUAAAACCUACUUUUAAUCCAUUAAUAUUUCUGCUGAUUUCCAGUAAUACGACUUGUAUGGAAUGGUUCUCAAUGUUUCGCAUUUGAGUGUUCAGAAUCUUCACUUAGAUCUCUACUGGAACCUGAAUAAAACAUGCGUUUCCAGCUCACUGAAUGGAUCACACUGACGGUCUACCUUCUAUGGACAGAUUCGGUUCUUUAUUCUGGCAUUAUGGUCAUGUCUUCCAAGUUUGAUCGGACAUCUUGUGCGGACUGCAAAGAGCUUGUGUUCACGAAGAGCCCCCGCAACAAAACAGUGACCGUAAACGACAAAGUGCGCUUGCGGUGUCGCGUUACUGGCGCGCCGUUGCCGCACGUGGCCUUUCUCUGGAAUGGCAAGCCGAUGUCUGAAAACGAGCACGGAAAAACAAUCACUAGUGAUAAGAAAGGGACAAGAGCAAAGAAGGUUUAUUUGACGAUUAACAAGGCGAGUCUGUCAGACCAAGGAUAUUACCAGUGUCGAGCGAGCAACAGUUACCAAACAAUUUAUAGUAGCAAGGGAUAUAUUGUGGUUAAAAGAUCAGAAUCAUCACGCACAUACACGGAAAGGAGGCCACAGGUGCCUGCAGGCCCCGUUUGUUUGUUAUACAGAAACUCAACAUGCAAAAACGAGAUCAAUCCACCACGUGCCAUAUACGCAACAAGCAAAGAGAGUUUCUUAUUCCAAGAGAAGAAAUUGAGAGAUACGUACAAAUCGAUCAUGAAGCAGGGCCUGAUCACAAAGGUUUGUCGCCCGUACGUCCUCCCACUUCUUUGCCACACACAGUUUCCGUAUUGUGCCCAAAACAGUGAUAAAACGCCAGAUUCCUCCAGUUUAGUGGAGUUAUGCCGCGACGAUUGUCUCAAACUGCAAAAUGACAUAUGCAAAACGGAGUACAUUGCCGCUAAAGCUGACAAGUUCUUCUCUAGAGAACUUCUGCCAGACUGCUCAAAAUUGCCAGCAAGUAACUGUGUUCACAUUUUGAGUGAAAAAAAGCCAUGGAAGCGAAAGAAAAAUCGUCUUCCUGUGACAAAUUCGCCUGCAGUAUCUCAGUGGUCAGGGAUGACCAAUCAAGAUUCACAGACGCGCCGUAUAGAGUGGUCAGCUGUUGUUGACGAAGACGACAACUGCUUUUUGGACCAAGGAGAUGAUUAUCGUGGAAUACUUAACGUGACCGAGUCUUCUUCACCGUGUAAAAGGUGGAGCGAAACAAAAUAUCAUAUGACAACCAAGAAAUAUCCAGAACUUCAUGGUGGCCAUAACUAUUGCCGAAAUCCAGGACGAACGAUGGAGAGACCAUGGUGUAUUGUAGACUACAACGGAAAGGAUAUUGCGCAGUUCUGUAGCGUACCACGAUGUGCCCUUCCAAAGAGCGUUGAAGUAGUCAGCAUCCUUUGGACGAUCAUUCCCUGCCUGAUAUUUGCGCUGGCUUUGUCUCUGGCCAUCAUCAUCAUUGCCUGGAGACGACACAAGCAAAACCUAUAUCGCAGCCCUACGUCUGUUCCAAUAACCCCUGUACAACCAAGGGUCAAUCCAAAGAUUCCAGAGCUAAAACGAGAGGAUCUUUGCGACUUCCGGUUAAUGGGUGAAGGCAAUUUUGGAAGAGUUUACAGUGCUGAAAUGAUUAGCAACAGAGAUGGAAAAACAUACACGGCGUCUGUUGCUGUCAAAAUUCUCAUUGAAAAAGCAACUAACAAACAAACAGAGGACUUCAUUCGCGAGGCGGAGACCCGCAUCAAUUUCAGGCAGGAGAAUGUUGCGUCUUUGAUUGGGGUUAUUAUGAAAGAAGAACCUUUUUGCCUGACUUAUGAAUACACGGAAUUCGGGGAUUUGCACGAGCAUCUGCUUUUGCACUCUCCAAACUUUAGUGGUGCUCACGCCAGCGAUGACUGUGAACCACUAGACUAUGUCGAUCUUGUUGAUAUUUGCAACCAAAUUUGCAGGGGAAUGGUUUAUUUGUCAUCCCAGUCAUUUGUCCACAAAGAUCUUGCUGCUCGAAAUUGUCUUGUUGCGGACAAUGGGGUGAUAAAGAUAUGCGAUUUUAGCGGACUCCGUGAUUUGUAUGCUGGUGAUUAUUACAGGGUUUCUGCACGAUUGCCCAUUCCAAUAAGAUGGAUGAGUCCGGAAAGUCUCCUUUUGAGCAGCUAUUCCUCUGCAAGUGAUGUUUGGUCAUUUGGUGUAGUCCUGUGGGAAGUCUUCUCUUACGGGCUUCAGCCACAUUUUGGUUAUAGCAACCAGGAAGUGAUUGUCCGUAUUCAAAACGGCCAGCACCUGCCUUGUCCAGAUGGCUGCUCAAUGUCUGUUUAUACAGUGAUGAAAGAAUGUUGGACUGAAGAUCCUGCAAAGAGGCCCGGAUUUCAGAAGUUACUCGAUCACAUAAAAGCACUAAAUGAACCAGCUAAUAUAUCUCACAUGAACAGUCACAUUCGGAAUGGACCUGUUCCAACUCAAUUACCUUACCAGUUAAAAAAUGGACAUGCUCCUUCUCACCACUCCACUCAUUCCGGAUCAGGUCACAUUUCACCCAGAAGCCACUCACCGUCUGGGCACAGUCUUCCACACAAUGGCUCAAUUCGCAGCCAUUCCCCUUCUGGUCAUAGUAUUCCUCCACCAGGUUAUAACAUACACAGUGUUCCUGCAUCUUACAUCGAGGGUUAUUGCCCAUCAAUGGUAAGCCAUCCAGGCACUUUGAAUCCGGAGUCCUUAUUAAGUCAGCCUGGAUCAGUAGCUAGCCAUGGUGGUGCAAUGAAAAGCUACCCACCUUCAGUUGCCAGUCACCCAGGAUCUUACAUGAGUCAUCCUGGUCAGAUGGCUCGUCCAAUUUACCACAGCCUUCCUCGAUCAAUGGUGAGCCAGCCUCCCUCCAUGAUGCAGUCGCUUCAUAGUAGAGCAUCAUCUGUAGCAAGCCAUUCUAGUUCCGGUCACAGCUAUGGUUCGUCCGGUCGAAGCUACUGUUCCAGCAACGGUUACACAUAACCAUUCAUGUCCUUUUAUGAUAUGAAAAAGGAUAUUCUCGCUCAAAGCGCUGAUCCCUAACUUCAUCCUCAAAGUGCCACAUGGAUCACUGUGACUGCUGACGGUGAUGCCAAGGAUGCUUGGCAUAUAGUUGAUAUAAUUGCCAAAGAUAUAUGGAAGCCGAACUAGUAGAAUAUUCCUGCAUGGCAGCCUUGGAUGACUAAGAGCUGCUCGAAAAACGUAGAAAAUGCAGUUAAUCAGCCAGUUAUAGUUUAGAAUGCGUGAUAUUCACCCCCGAAAGUCAUCUUGUUUGUUGACAUCUUGGUCUCCGCGAAUUCGCCAACUUAGAAUAAUAUCGUAAAGUAUAUGUCAAAGAUCUUAAUUGCUGUCGGCUAAGCCAAUUAUGGAGCUCUCCCUUGAAACCUCAGAUAAAUAUCACCAUAGAGUUUUUAAAAGACCCACCAACUUUCAAAGGGUAAUUGCUUGAAUUAGUGGAACUCCAUUGAUUAUUAGCAUUCAAAGUACCUCUCGUGGUUGUUUUACUUUCUGUGUGUCAGUCAGGAAGAACUGACAGGGCUUACUUGACAUCAGCAUGAAAAGUCGAUUAAACAGAAUCUCCGUCCCUCCGUUCCCAGUUAGCUCCGGUACCAAGACGACUUGUUAUAAUUGGUAAACGAGGCCAAGUAUAUUCGUGAGAAUCGCCACCUUGCCAGAUUCGAAGGAGUGCAGAACAUAGCGGUACUGUAUCGACCCAUUUUGUGCUCAAGGCCUAAAUGCAGUCAUCUCAAGUUACUUUAAGCCAUUUUCAUGCCAUUUUCAUGUCAUUUUCAUGCCACCCUUUGCUUUAAACUCGUUGGAUCCAAGGUUCCACCUAGCUUACUGUACGCUAUCCUGUGCGUUGAUUUCUCCCACUAAGUAUAUAAAAUUAAUGUUUUUAUGUUUUAGUAUAAUUAAGUCAAAGUCGGCUGUAUCGAAUAGGGAAUUGAAUCUUACAGGAAAUUUAUAAAUUUUUAGCUAUUGAAAAUUUUUCUUCACCAAAUAUACUACUCUCAAUCAUUCUAUUCUCACGGCAGCAUUCGUGUUUUAUAUAGAUCAACGGUAAAGAAAAGUUCUUUUCCAAUGGUCAUAAAACUUUGCAACAAUUUUGUAUCUAAAAAUUUGUGUAAAAUCCCUCACAAAAUCCCUAAAAUGAAUGUUAUAUAUUGGCUGUGGUUCUAAAAUACCAUAAAGCAAUGUUUUCUCUGAUGCUUCAAGAAAUUCAGAUAAGUUCUUGUCAUGCUGUCGUAUAUGAUCAAUCUACGCAUGCCCAACAAAUUUCCUUUACUUACAGCCCCCCCCCCCCUUUACAACCCCCUCUAUCCAAACUAUUACUUGUUCAUAAAAAUAUGUAAAUACAGAAUAAUUUCGAGUGCUUAGUUCUUAUUGUGAAUGUGAUUUUAGUUUAUAAUUUUCUUAACGUUUCCCAUCGAUGUUGAGUAUAUGUAUAACGAAUUUUAUACCUCUGGUUUGCUAGAUAGAAAAAUUUAGAAUUUGAAAGAGUAACUGGAUUAUCA